CCAGCACCGGCACCGCACCCAUUGCCCAUGUUGGUUUCGCAAAUACCCCUGGGUCUGCUAUUCCUGCUCCUCCGGGGCUGCGUUGGUGCUCCGCUAAAUGGACGUGGCUUGCGGGGAUCAUGAGCAGCGCGCCUGCCUGCCAUGCCACGAGCCCACCUGCUCCCAUCCCUUCGUCAGUGAGCCGAAUUGCCGCUUUUUGUACCUGUGCCACCUGGGAUGCGGCUGCAGUUUCGGAUUUUUGCGAGACGAUGACACCAACCGCUGUGUGCCCAACCACCAAUGCGACACCUCCCAGCGGCCCCUUCCGCUGCAACCGCCAUUUAGGAAGUAAGAUGCUUCUAGGGUGAUACAUUUUCCAGGAAAAGGAAUGAAAAUAACCAGGAUAACCUCAAAUUAAAGUGGAUACACAAUCUA